AUGUUUCGUCAACGUUUACUUUCAACAGAUCCCAUUUUGGCAAAUCAUGUACAAACUAUAUCCAAUAGAAAACAUAUUGCCACCCAAAAAGCUGAUCAUUCUUCUCCAAUAGAACAACAACAACAAUGGCUACCAAUUCCACUGAAUGAAAAUGCCUCUCGAUUAUGUCAGAUACGUUCAUUGACAACACAUCUUACUACACUUCAACAAUUGUUUCUACCAGUUUUUCCGUUUUGGAAUGAUUCCAAUGAAUGUUUUCCACUGUUAGCAAAUGUAGCUUAUGAUAAUUUAUCUACAUUAGAACUAAGAAUUCGACAAGCACAUCAUCAUGAAGAUAAAAAUUUUAAUAUAAGACUUUAUUUUGAUGAAAAAUUUAGAUCUGAUAUACAAAAUCUGUUAAUGUCAUAUUCGUACACAUGGCGUCUACAUCCAACUGUUCUCAUGUUCAAUCUAAAUCGAUUGUUUCAUCUGUUACCACAAUUUAAUUUAAAAGAUUACAUUACCGUACUUGAACAACGUGGUAAACCUUAUGAAUUAUCUGCUGAAGAAUGGUUCCUAAUUUUAGAAUUCUAUUUACAAAUGGAUAUGUCCUGCUUCUACAUGAAGACUAAUGCAUUAAGUGAUGAAGGAAUCUUUUCAGUAAAACUUCCAACAGCUCACUAUGGUAUACAACAAUGUCGAGAUAAAAGUUGCUGUUUCUGUUAUGAAAAACUUGAUUUAACGGAACGAUUUGAACCAGCAAUGAAUUUUUCAAAUAAUCAAGUUCAUUGUUUCUUGAAUAAUUAUCAAGUCUAUUUGAAUUGUGAUGUUACUUGUACGACAUCAAAUGUCAUCUAUAGUUUGACAUGUCCAUGUCAUCAAUAUGAUUAUAUGGGUCGAUGUGUUGAACCUUUUCGUGAUCGAAUGACACGUAUUCGUAUCAUGGGAUGUCGAAUAAUUCGAAAUUCUCUGAUUGGUUCUAUUCUUGCUGAUCAUCUUGGAGAAGAAGGAGACUCUAAUCCGUAA